CGGUUCUCUGCCGUGUAUAGUAGUGCAUGCUUUUAGCCGCUUGGUCGAUUGAUGGACGUGCCCGAUGACCAUCAAUCACUUGCCAUUCCGCCGUCCUCGUCGACAGAAGGCAAGACGCCACAAAGGCGUUCUGCGGGACAACUGCGACGUAAGAUCAGCAGCGCUACUAAAACCACUUACUCGAGACGAGUUCAUUCCACUAAAGUAGUGCACACCAAACGUCUUUCUCGUGGAAGCGCUCGCGCUCGCGGAGUCACAUCAAAGGUCAAAAGGAACGACCGUCGCACGAACAAGCACCCCCUCCACGCCGUACUCCGAAAGCACAGCGUCAGUCAAUACGGACUCGCCCUUUUCCGAUUUCCGAAGCUCGUUCCAUUCGUCGAGUGCGAUCCGAAUAC